AAAUUACAAGACAUCGUAUCGUAGUAAAAGAAAAGGAUAGAUACAAACCAGGCCCACAUAUCCAUGUAACCUCCUUUUGCAAACUCUCUAGAUCCCCAGUUCAACGACCUUUGAGUACAAAAUAGGGUUUUCUUUUUGAUCUUUAUUCGCCAAUUCUUGAAUUUUUAUAUAAUUUUAUUUAUAAUUGUUGCAUCUUCUUGAUAAUAAUUGACAAUUUUUAUGUAGAUGAUAGAGUUUGCGUCUUUAUGUGUUUUUUAUGCUCGAGUUUGUGAAAAGAUGAAUUAUCAGAGUUUUCUUGUGGAUCUUUAGGUUAAAAUUAAGCUUUUAGGUGUAUAUGUUUGUGUAGGAUUUGAAAAGAAGUGGUUUGUGAAAAAGGGUUGUUUUUGUUUUCUUGAUUUGGUGGAUUAGUAGUGUAUGAGAUGUAUAUUGAGGAAUUGAAAGAAGGGGCUGAAUUAGAGGAUGAGGUGGUAGCUGGUGAGGGGGUUUUGGGUGGUGGGAUUGUGGUGUUUGAUGCAAAAAGGGUUCUUGUGGGAGCGGGUGCUCGGGCUUUAUUUUAUCCUACACUUUUGUAUAAUGUUGUUAGGAAUAAGCUUCAGACUGAGUUUCGGUGGUGGGAUCGGAUUGACGAGUUUCUAUUAUUGGGUGCUGUGCCAUUCCCAUCUGAUGUCAAAAGGCUGAAGGAGCUUGGUGUUUGUGGCGUGAUAACCCUGAAUGAGUCAUAUGAGACUUUGGUUCCAACAGCUUUGUAUCAAGCCCAUGAUAUUGACCAUUUGGUGCUCCCAACCAGAGAUUAUCUUUUUGCGCCGUCAUUGAAGGAUAUAUCGCAAGCGGUGGACUUCAUUCAUGAGAACACAUUGCAAGGAAGAACCACCUAUGUACACUGUAAAGCCGGACGAGGACGGAGCACAACUAUUGUAAUCUGCUAUUUGGUGCAACACAAACAGAUGACACCUGAUGAUGCUUAUAAUUAUGUGAAAUCAAUACGCCCCAGGGUACUACUAGCCCCUGCGCAGUUACAGGCUGUUCAUGAUUAUUACAACCGUAAAGUGAAGAAAUUGUUUAGUUCAAGCCAGAUUAAGACUUGCAACUUGAACUGCAUGACUGAUACAACAUGGAUACCCCGGAGAUACUUUACAGCAACAGAUUUCUUUGCCUUUGACGAAGGGUCCCUAGUUUUGGUUACAAAUGCAGAUCUUGACGGUUAUGACCCAAAUAAAGAAACUGAUGGUGAAAGGCGUGAUAUUUGGGCAGAUCUGAGUUUAGUUUACAGGGUGCGAGGAGCUGGUAAAGCAGUUUUUACAAGUCUAUCAUGUUUGUGGCUUCGCUACAACACUGACAAAAGGUUGGCAAGUAAACAAGUGAGUGAAGAGCGCAGUUGUAUGAUAAGUAAUCGAGUGGAAGGCUUUACCGUAAAUAUUCACGUCUACUAGCAUUACUUUUCAAGAAUCAAUUGAGCAAUCAAAACACUUUCAAAAUGUAUAUAAGUGUGGUAGAUGUGAGCAAUCGAAACACUUUCAAAAUGUAUAUGAGUGUGGUAGAUGUUCAUAGACUUUGAUACAUGUAUCCGCAAGAAUCUUUAUUAUAAGUGAUGCAUUCGGUUUUUAUAGCUGUUGCUAUUUUAUAA